AUGGUAAAUGCAUGCGUAGAACAUGAUGAUUUUUUUGACGCCCUUGAAGAGAUUUCUUCAGAAUCUAGUUGUGUUAGUGGAUCAGAUUGUUCUGAGAGCUGUGCUUCUGAAAUUCACCAAGCUAGUAAUAAUUCAUUUAGUAGUCUGCACUAUGAUUUUUGGAGUGGAAACCCCAAAAGUAUUGAUGAACGGCGUGAUGAUUUUAUAAGAACAACGGGUUUUGUUUUGGAUCGGUGCCAAACUGCAAGAGAAGGGCCUGAUGAUACUUGUGUGAUCACAGCGAAAACUGAUAGGACGGCAGGAGCUAACAAGCAUGACAAAGGGAAGGGUUUGGCUUGUCGGAAUCAUGAAGCAGUAAAUGAAGAAGAUCAGGAUGUGUUGUGCAGAAUUCGGUGCUUAGAAGAUGGGAGAGAGUUUGAAUCAGAGGAGACAGAUGAUGAAGGAAUGCCUAGGAAACUUCAUGAAGUUGGUUCGAGUUCUUGUUAUACAACUGAUGAGUUUCAGGAGACAUAUGGAUCAUCUAAUCUUGUUGAAGACUUCAUGACAGCAGAAUCAUCAAAAGGGUGUAAUAAGGUGUUUAAGAGGAAAUUGCAGUGUAAAGAAGGCUGUUUGAAGAGAUUUAGCUUCAAAGCUGCAAAUAUGUUUAACAAAGAUAAGGAAAAGAAUGAGGUGUUUCACAACCGCGAACUCUUUGGGUCUAGAAGCCAGAGAAUUCAUGUUCAUUCUCACAAAAAGUGGUCAAAGGAGUUGUCUUCCAUGUAUCAUAUGCAAGAAUUUUCUGCUCACAAGGGCUCAAUACUGUGUAUGAAGUUCAGUCUUGACGGCCAAUAUCUUGCCACUGGUGGGGAAUACGGAGCUUUGAACGUAUGGAAGAUAGUUGAAGAGGGAUGGAUGACUGUUUCUGACCAUUUGAACUUCAGUAUUGCAUCUGCAGGUUUGAAAUUUUCUGUAAAUGGUAUUCCAAAAUUGGCUUGCUUUAUGAAGUGCAAAGAGGAUGGGAAUGUGAAGAAUAAGCUGAAGAAAUGUGCAGACUCAGCUAGCAAUGGUAUUAUGGUCCCCCGCAAAGUGUUUCGUAUUUUAGAGAAGCCUUGGCAUGAGUUCCGCGGACAUGAGGGUGAGAUCCCGGAUAUUUCAUGGUCUAAGAAUGGGCAUUUGCUGUCAUCCUCGGUUGAUAAGACAGUGCGCCUAUGGAAAAUGGGAUAUAGCCGAUGUUUAAAAGUUUUUCAUCACAAUGACUUUGUAACAUGUGCACAGUUCAAUCCCGCAAAUAAUAAUUACUUCAUCAGCGGUUCCAUAGACGGAAAAGUCCGCAUCUGGGAUGUCCUAAGAUGUCAAGUGGUUGACUGGAUUGAUAUGAAGGAAAUCGUCACUGCUGUUUGCUAUCGUCCUGAUGGAAAGGGUGGUAUUGUUGGAUCAAUGGUGGGAAACUGCUUGUUUUUUGAAAUCGCAGCUGGAAUUCAGAAAAUUGCUGAUACAAAAUUGCAUGCACCAGAUGAUAUUAUGCAUCGAGCAUCUGUUAUGUACUUGCAAGACAAGAAGAAGAUAACUUGCAAGAGGAUAACUGGUUUCCAGUUCUCUCCAACUGACCCAAGCGAAGUAGUAGUCAGUUCGAAUGACUCUCUAGUCCGAAUUCUCAGGGGAGCUGAUACCAUCUGUAAGCUUAGAGGUUGUGUUCCACUAAUGGAUCGAAGAAGCAAAGUAUUUGCAUCUUUCACUGCAGAUGGGAAACAUGUUAUCUCAGCUACUGAUGAUGCAAAUGCUUAUAUCUGGAAUCACAUUAGCGAUGAGAGAACUGCAAACAGCAAACCAAAAAACAUUUGGUCUUCUGAAAGUUUCUCAUCACCUAAUGCUCUGAUCGCAGUACCUUGGCAUGGUUUUACAUCAAACUCAGAUAUAUCAUCCCCGACGACUAGACAACCUAGUACACCAAGACAUAAUCAGAAAUCUUCUGUUUCAAGAGCCAACUACUGUUCUGUAAAGAAGGAUAAAGGGUCAUCAACACCUGCCAUAGGAGACAUUGAUUACGAGUUCUUGAGGAAUGUAUGUGAAAGAAUAUUGAGUGGCUCACACAUGUGGGGGCUUGUGAUAGUAACUGGAGUGAAAGGAGAUGUAAAGAUUUUGCAAUCACCUGGAGCAGCUCUUCUGGAUAGUCCGCUAGAUUGCUGGAAGCCUGAUGCACCUGAGAAUCACGAAGGUAAAGGCACACCUUGGUCCAUCCAAGGAGACCAUGUUAGCCCGCAUCUUUAA